CAGAACAUUUAUUAUGUUUACUUUCAUUAAUACUUGUCAAUAAUUAAUGAAAAAUUGACAAAUUAAAAGGGGGGUGUCAAAAAACCAACCCCUUAAGGGGUUAGCAUGCUAACCCGUCCCCACAAAACACAAACCACACUACAAAUAUACCUGAAAAUGUAUCAAAACCACGCCAUACUACAAAAGUCAUAAAUCACACCACGAAUAUCAGAAAACUUGUAAAGCAUUCCACAAAUUUUUUACACUCGGUUCCCGAAUGAGGAGAGGAAAAGGGGGAAGGAGAGGGAAAAUUUGUAGGGAAGAAAAACGUAAAGGAAAGGAAAUUGGAGAGCAAAUGUUGUUUUAUGAGGGAAAACGAAAGGGAAAGUGGGAGAGAAAAAUAUAUUGAUAAGUGUGAUAGAUAUAGUAUUUUAUUGAUCGUGUAAGAAUAAGUUUGUCAAAAAAUGUAAACAGGAAGCAAAGGAGCGAUGCGCUUCCCAUGAAGCCGAGGAGCGACGCGCUUCCCAUGAAGCCGAGGAGCGAUGCGCUUCCCAUGAAGCCGAGGAGCAAUGCGCUUCCCAGGAAGCCGAAGGCGCGAGGCGCUUCCCAGGAAGCCGAGCGGCGACGCGCUUCCCAGGAAGCCGAGCGGCGACGCGCUUCCCAGGAAGCCGAGGAGCAAUGCGCUUCCCAGAAAGCCAAGGGAGCAACGCGCUUCCCAGGAAGCGAAGGAGCAAUGCGCUUCCCAGGAAGCCGAAGGCGCGAGGCGCUUCACAGGAAGCGAAUGAGCAAUGCGCUUCCCAGGAAGCCGACGGGGCAAUGCGCUUCCCAGGAAGCGAAUGAACAAUGCGCUUCCCAGGAAUCUGAGGAGCGACGCGCUUCCCAGGAAGCCGAGGAGCAAUGCGCUUCCUAGGAAGCCGAGGAGCGAUGCACUUCCAAAGAAGCGGAGGAGCGAUGCACUACUCAAGAAGCCGAGAAGUGAUGUGCUUCUCAGGAAGCCGAGGGAGCAAUGCGCUUCUAAGGAAGCGGAAGAGUGAUGCGCUUCUUAGGAUGCCGAGGGCGCGAGGCGCUUCCCAGGAAGCCGAGGAGCGAUGCGCUUCUCAGGAAGUCGAGGGUGCUAUGCACUUCUCAGGAAGUAAAGGAGCGACGCGCUUCCGAGGAAGCCGAAGGCGCGAGGCACUUCCCAGGAAGCCAAAGGAGAAGCGCACCCCAGGAAGCCGAAGAAGCACUAAGCUUUCCAGAAAGCUGAAAGACUAAUGCGCUUCUCAAAAGACGAAGUACUAAGCUUCAUAGAAGAGAAUAUGUGAUCUUGCCUCACACAACUAAGACAUUAACAAGACACAUGACUUCCUGACAACAUGGACGCGACAUUGGGGAGACUAGAGACGAGCGUCUUGAGUUAAAACUCUCAAGCCGUGAGGGCCACCCUACAUAGGUCGCAAUUAUGGUCCACUAGCGCUAACAACAAUAGACUAGCGAAGGAACUCUUAACGACUUGAGAGCUUUGGUUCAAGACAUCGAAAGUCAAGCAAGGGGCAAAGGAAAUGAUUACGCAACUCGCACAAGGGGCAAACCGCAUCAUCCGGAUUCGUAAGUAAGGCAAAUUAAUACACGAUUAACGCAUUA